AUGACACGCGGCGAUCUCAGCUCUGACUCCAUUUUUGAGUCGGCGCGCAAAAACACGCGCCAGGAAACCGUGGCCAAGAAAGCCGCGGGCGAAGUCGAGCGCGACCCGUCCAUCAUGGCCGCGGUGCUCGAUCCCGCGCCGCGGAGCCGGGAGCGCUGGCUGCGCAAGAUGGUGAUACGGCAGGUGCGGAAGGGCGGGCGCCUGACCAAGACGCAGGCGCUGAAGCAGACCGAGCGCGAGAAUCUGACCAAGAGUCCCGAUUUCCCGACCAGCCUUAAGAAGCUGGGGCCGUUGGCGAGGCAGAUUGCUGGAAAGCCGAUCGAGGACGCGAUUGUGCAGAUGCGGUUUUCGCGGAAGAAGGUCGCGCAGGACGUGAGGAAGCAUCUUGAGUAUGCGAGGGAUGAGGCGAUUGUGAAGCGUGGGAUGGGUUUGGGCGCUGUGGAGGGGAGGAAGGGGGAGCCGGUGGAGAUUGAGCUCAAGGAUGGCAAGAGGAAGCUCGUGGCGGACAGGACGGGGAUAUACGUGGAUCAGGCAUGGGUGGGCAAGGGGAUGCACACGAUAUCCUACGACUACCGUGCUAGGGGGAGGGUUAAUCUCAUGAAGAACCCGUUCACGAGUAUCAGUGUGCUGUUGAAAGAGGAGGCGACGAGGGUGCGGUUGAGUGAGGAGAUGCAGAAGAAGAGGGAUAACAGGAAGGUGUGGGUGCAGUUGCCGGACAGGCCGAUCACGGCGCAGAGACAGCAUCCCUGUUGGUAG